AUGUCUACCGAUAAUACAAUUAAAAAAUUAAACAGGUUAUCAAACGAAAAAAGUCCUUAUUUGUUGCAACAUGCCGAUAAUCCUGUCGACUGGUACCCAUGGAGCGAAGAAGCCUUUAAGAAAGCAAAAGAGGAGAAUAAACUGAUUUUUUUGAGCGUGGGUUAUAGUACUUGCCAUUGGUGUCAUGUGAUGGCUCAUGAAUCAUUCGAGAAUGAGGCUAUAGCGAAGAUUAUGAAUGAUAAUUUUGUGAAUGUCAAAGAUUUUCGUCCAAUCGUUAACUGGUGGUGGUGGAUGGCCUAUGUCUGUUUUCCUAACUCCGUGUUUGGUGGCACUUACUUUCCUCCGGAGGAUCAACAUGGAAGACCUGGAUUCCCAUCUUUGCUUAAACGCAUGGCUUCAUUAUGGAAAGAACAAGGAGAAGCUUUAAAAAAAGCUGGAAUGGACACUAUUGAACAAUUACGUGAAUUGACACUUCAAAAAUCAGAAGGUCAAACCUCGCAGUUGAAUAUGGAACUUGCGCACAAUCUACAUCAAUAUUUCUUAAGUUCAAUUGAUCAUAAUAACGGUGGUUUUGAAGGGGAGAUUCGCGUCGACAAAAAUAUUGAUUUUAAAGAACUUGGUAAAGCCGAAGAAAGAUUUGCUAUAAUGUCAAUUCAAGAAAUUAAAAAACGUGGACGAUCAUUAGGAAUCGAAUUUAUAGGCUGUGAUAACGAAGCACAAUAUUUAAAUAAAUUAAAAACUGUUGUGGAUAGUAGAAAACAAGCUGCGAAAAAAGAUUUAGAUAUGGUUAAAUUUACUCUGAAGAAAAUUGCCAUGGGAGGAAUUCAUGAUCAUAUCGGAAAUGGAUUCCAUCGGUAUUCAACUGAUAAAUUUUGGCACGUGCCUCAUUUCGAAAAGAUGCUUUAUGAUCAAGCUCAAUUAUUGAUGAGUUAUGUUGAAGUGUAUUUAAUCACCAAAGAGCCGUAUUAUGCCGAGGUGGCGCGUGAUAUUAUAAAAUACGUUGAACGAGAUUUGAGAGAUCACGAAGGAGGAGGAUUUUAUUCGGCUGAAGAUGCAGAUUCUUAUCCUCAUGAAGGAGCCAAGCAUAAAUUGGAGGGUGCCUUUGCAGUAUGGGAAGCAUCAGAAAUUAACGAAAUUUUGGGACACAAGCAUUCGGAAAUAUUUUCGUAUCAUUUUGGGGUCAAACCUAAUGGAAAUGUUGAUCCCAGUAAAGAUAUUCAAGGCGAAUUGAAGAAAAAAAAUGUUUUGAUUGAACGAUAUACUCCUGAACAAACGGCCGAAUAUUUUAAAAUUCCGUUCGAUGAAGCCAUAUCUAUUCUUUCUGAAUGCAAAGAAAAGCUUGCGAAAUAUCGAUUUGAUAAUAGACCUAAACCGCAUCGAGAUGAUAAAAUUCUCACCUCUUGGAAUGGUACUUAA